AGCGUCACCAUUGGAGUCAGGCAAAGGUAGUUUCGAUAGUCUUUCCGAAUAUUUGCUUCCACAGAGAAAGAAUGUGCUGAUUUUAUUGUUCCUUCUGUGCGAGCCCAUUCGGAAAAUUGUCAAAACAAAUCUUCACGAUAUUGAGGGCAGUGGGAUCUAUUUUGCUCGCAUUUAUUAAUACUCCAAUCGUCCUUUUUCUAAUUCCUAAUCUGAAUCUAAAGAUAGAACAACGAAAAUGGGCCGCGGAACGACGCAGCGGAAAUUCAGCCAUGUGGCCCUUCCGGGUAUGGGUCGGGGCAACCACAAGGUGGUCAAAGGGAAUCUCAAGUCCGGCUCGGCCUUCAAAAAUAGUAACGCCAGUACGAAAGUCGGGCGAAGCAGCGACCCUUCGAAGGAUUCCGUCAAGGCCGGCGGACAGCAGUAUUGAGAGGAAAAAUGCCCCCUCCCCAUAUCAAAACGAAACUUCUGAUGCUGGAUUUGUGUACACAAAUCAGAGCUCUCUUGCUGCGUAGCACUGCAGGCCCAUAUCAUGCCAAUGCAGAGAGGUUUUGGCCUAGGCACUUGGCAUGAGGAACGUCUAUGCUGUAGGACCAACAGCAUUACAAACCGGCUGCAUAAUGGAAAGGGGCCCAUGUCGUUGCUUUCUUGCAAGACAAACACGACUUGUGGUCACAAAUCAGCAUCACAAAUUCUGCAUGACAACUCGGUCCAGUGUUCGUCUUUUUUUUCCAAUAACAUGCUGAGCGUGUUUUUUCCUGCGUCCUAUCCUCUUUUUUUUCCCCCUUGACUGAAAGAAUCUCUUCUGGUUUUUUGCGUACGAUUUUCUUCUUGUUCCUGAGAGACCGUUAAGCGUUUUUUCUUCCUCUAGCCUGCGCCUCUGUUUCUCUGUUGUUUUUUCGCUUUUUUCUCAUCUUUGAUGAUCCCCUUGGCUUUUGUCGAGUCUUAAGCAUUUUCUCCCUAGGCCGCUUUACUUGCGAUUGAUAGCCCCUCGCGCCCUUGGUAGCUAGUGAGCCCCUAAGUAAGUUUUUCGCUUUUCUCAUCGUCUGGCCCUUUACAUAUUUGCCCUCGUAGUCUAAUGGCUUCCGCUUCAUAAUCCCUGCCCUAGUACAUGCUCUGUUUCUCUCGUGCCCAAAUUUUCUCCUGCUUACGUGGUGGGUUUCGCUCCUGUCUUUCAACAAAUACAGACCACGGCUUUUUUUUUUCAACCUUUCAUUUCUUGGAUUUUUUCAGCCAAACAAAAAAGCAGGUCGCAACAGGGAGAGGGAUCAUGACUAGCCACGUAGAUGUCGUUGAACAUCCGGCAGGAAAAUCCCAACCCCUGCAAGCCCGGGCGACGUGGUAAGGCAGACGGGAACGCCCAAUAAACCUUCACUAGAUCGCAUGCAAACAGGCCUCGGCACCUGUUUGCAUAUCGGUCGACGUGAGCACCGCGGCAGCAUUAAGGUCAAAAUGAAAACUAGGAAUGAGAUUCAUCGUAAGUUCAGUAGCCAAAACAAACUGCCGCCAUGUUAAAAAAAAAAAAAAUCAGCAUCACAAAUUCUCUGCGGCGUUCCUUUUCGAUAUGGGGAGGGGGAAUUUUUCCUUACGAUAAGCAGCGGUCGAAGAACACACUGAAGAGGCUUGAGAUGUACAGGCAGAAGGCGCCGAACAAAAGGUACAUAAAAAUAGGGAUGUGUUUACUGGUUACAGGGUGAUGUGCAGCUCUUUUCGGGCCGGAUGCUAUGACUAUGAGCUGAAGGUCUUGGAUAUGAGACACUACUAGUUCGUACGUGCGCAAACCACAUGCAGAUUCAUCUUCAUCAUAGAAAUGCUUUAUCGUGAUCUACAAACUACAGGGACUUGCACAAGCAACUGCUGAAGCCGCAGCGCAUUGAGCCGGAUCGUCGGUGGUUCGGUAACACGCGCGUUAUCACGCAAACCAAGAUGCAGGACUUUCGCGAGGAGAUGGCGAAAGAGGUGAACGAUCCCUACCGGGUCGUUUUGAAGAGCUCCAAACUUCCCCUUUCCCUCCUCACCGACAGCCUGAAGAACGACAAAAUGGACCUGUUGCGGGUGGAGUCCUUCGCCGACACCUUCGGCGCAAAGAAACAGCGAAAGCGACCAAAGCUCGUGUCCGACACUCUGGAACAGCUAGUCAGCAAGGUAUUAAAGUGGUCAGCGAAAAAGCGCUACAUUUUUAUCUCGGGUCCCCUGCCUGCCAGGGCGAACCUUGUCCACUUUUUUGCUUGGCUCCACGAAGCGUGUCAACGUUUCAGACUUCAACCAUUUUCCCAAAUAUAUUCAGGUCGGCGAAGAGCACACACGGUACGAAGAGUGUGCAGGGAACGACAAACAGCUGAAAUUCAACCUGAAGUCCGGGUUCGAGGACCAGAAGUUCUUUGAGGGGCACGACCAGGAGGAAAUUUUCCUGAAGGGAACCAGUAGACGCAUUUGGCGCGAACUGUACAAGGUGGUCGACUCGUCUGACGUGUUGAUUCAAGUGCUGGACGCUCGCGACCCGGAGGGCACUCGGUGCCGCCAUUUGGAGCGCAACAUUGCGAAGAACCACCCGCACAAGCACGUGGUGCUUCUCCUGAACAAGUGCGACCUGAUUCCAAACUGGGCCACGCGCAGGUGGUGCGAAAUUCUGCGAAAAGAAAAACCGACCUUGGCUUUCCACGCCUCAGUGACAAAUCCGUUCGGAAAAUCCGCACUGAUCCAGCUCUUGCGGCAAUUCGCGAAACUGAUCAAGGACAAAAAGCAAAUACAGGUACUUGAUGGUGGACACAUCGUUGUACAACGCAGUGUUUUAGCGUUACGCUUUUUCUUAUCCGCCGUAGAUGCGAUCAGGCGGCCUGGCAUUUUUGUUUUUCAAGCCUCGAUCUUGUGAAAAAUUUUCAUUUUGACAUAAACGAAUUUUGCAAAUCAUCAACCCAGGUGGGCCUGAUUGGCUACCCGAACGUGGGAAAAUCAUCCGUAAUCAACACGUUGAAGAAGAAAGAGGUGUGCAAAUCCGCCCCGGUUCCCGGUGAAACCAAGGUGUGGCAGUACAUUGCGCUGACGAAAAAGAUUUACGCCAUCGACUGUCCGGGUAUCGUGCCGCUGACCUCCGUCGAUUUCGCGGAGGACACCGCGAAAGUGCUCAAAGGCGUGGUAUCAGUUGGUUACCUUUUGCUUCGGUUCGUGAUUUUUGCGAUUCUUCUGCAGUGAAAGAAAGUAAUAUCAACAUCACCUCCUUUUGUUUCACCUGCAAAGACCACGUCCACGUGAUGAGUACUUCUAUCAUCUUUCUUGUCCAGUAAAAGAAAUAUCCCAUGUACAAAAAUAUCCUGACCCCACCUCGCCCACAGGUUCGUGCUGAGAAGCUGGAGGCCCCGAGCGCGUACAUCGACGAGGUGGUUUCCCGGGUGAAAGCAAAGUACCUGCGCGCCAAGUACAACCUCCCCGACACGUUGACGUGGACGGACGGCGAAGACUUUUUGCAGAAGCUCGCGAUGAAGAUGGGAAAACUGCGGAAGGGAGGUGAGCCGGAUUUGGAAAUCACCGCGCGGAUCGUCCUGUACGACUGGCAACGGGGGCGAAUUCCCUAUUUCGUCGCGCCGCCGAUGAAGGACGGCAGCGCUCCGCCCGUGGACGCGGACGAGGACGAAAAGGUCGACGCCGAGGUCGCGGCCGCCUUGCGAAGCGUACAGGAAAAAAUCGCGGAGGACGCGGGGAUUGCGAAAACUGACGAGAGCAAAGUCGCAGCUGAAGUAGACGCGGACAAGAACAUAAAUUCGAAUAGAAAAUCCUCUGACGACAAAACAAGUCAAGCUGACGCUAGAAGUACUGAAGCUGGUGAAGACCAAGAAGCCGCAAAGAAAUCAACCGACGCGACGAGGACAGGAGAAGAGGAACAAAAAAACGCAAACCCAAGAACAAGUCCCGCAGAAAAUAAAACUUCUACCGAGGACGCCGGAAAAACUACCGCGGAAGACGCCGUUCCCACCGCCGCUGAAGAUGACGAAGACAACGGAAACAGCGAUGCUGCUGACGAUUCAGAGAACGAAGACUCCGAUGCAGGAGACGGAAACGAAAUCAAAGAUGUGAAGGACAUCCAGGCCUCAGCGACGAACGACUUUUCCGGUCUCAACUGCAGCAUGCCUUUCGACGACGAGGAUUUGCAGCAGGGCGAAAUAAAUGGUUCGAAAAAGCAAAAGAGAAAGACCAUUCAGAAGCGGAAGCAGAAAAGGGAAAUCGAGAAGGCGCUGGCAAUGAACAGCGACGACUCGGAUGUCGAUCCCGAAGAGUACUACCAGGCUCGGAAAGACGCGAAGCGAAGAAAAAAGAAACAGUCGAAGGCUAGUGCAGCGGCAAGUAGGAGAACAGCGAGUAGCACCAGAGGGACCGAGCAGAGCGACGAUGAAGCUGUUGAAGAAGUAAAAGCCGAGAGCGGGGACAAGAAAAGUAUUACCAAAGGCAAGAAAAGCAUGAAAAAGGCGGCAAAUUCUGGCCUGAUGCAGAAGUCGCCGGAAAAAGCCUCGAUGCUUAACUGGGACAAGGCACUCGAAGAAUUUGCAUAAAUCAGAACUCCGAAUGUGGUAUUUAUCAACAUGAAAAUCACGAACCAAAAUCAGCGGCCAGAGGUCGCAUUGACUUUGACUGGAAC